CAUUACAAAAUGGGAGCUAAGGGUAGCGUAGAGGCUGCCAAGAUGAACGCCGAUGGCUGGGGCCACUUCGAGCGUGGCAGCCGUCACUACAGCCACAGACAUAACCAGCGGUCCCAGUCGUUGAACCGAGGCCAAGCUCUUUCGCGAGCCGAUGUCAGUGGGAUGUGGUGA